AUGUAUCACACUUGCGCAGUGAAAUCCAGCGGUCAGUUGGUGUGCUUUGGAAGUGACGAAUAUGGACAAUGCGAUGUGCCGACGGAUGUGGGCGCAGUUGUGGCAGUCUCAGCAGGCAUGUAUCACACUUGCGCAGUGAAAUCCAGCGGUCAGUUGGUGUGCUUUGGAAGUGACGAAUAUGGACAAUGCGAUGUGCCGACGGAUGUGGGCGCAGUUGUGGCAGUCUCAGCAGGCAUGUAUCACACUUGCAGUGAAAUCAAGCGGUCAGCUAGUGUGCUUUGGAAGUAA